CAGGCUUGCGUCAGGUUUAACUCUCGCAAUCGCAAGCAUUUAUUCGUGAUCCCACGCGCAGAGGUUCCUUCGGAUCAACUGAAGUUCGAGAUUUCGUUCGAGAUUCACAAUGUUGUUGGCUAUCGCAGCAGCUCAUCAUUGACGACUGAUUUCUUCAUGCCCUCAGCUCUCUCUGAUUUGUGCAUUACGUUCCGAAAUACGCCUCGGAAACUUUAUGUCAAUUCACAAUACUCUCGAUCCCAUUCAAACCUUACUUUGCAAAAUACUUUGCGAAUACAGGCUAUUGUGAAUAAAAGUCCGUCGGUUCCUGAUCACGCCUCAGAAGUUGACGAUAUGAGCGAUUUUGAUGUGAUGAGCCUGAGGUGCGAUAUGACGGCUACUGCCAGAACUACUAAUGACCACUCAACGUUUCAUUGGAGUAACGACAUUCUAUUGAGCGGUAUUGGUGAACCAGGGACGAUCGAAGCAAGCGGUGGAAUAUUCACGCUUGAAGAUGUGGAUUUUGAAGAAUUUCUUAUGUUGUUGAAAGCGAUUUACCCACCUGGCAUCGAAAUAACAAAAGAUACACUCUCUCCUUUGAUCUCUACCUCGUAUCGUUUCGGAGUGGAACACAUUCUAUGGAGGUGUGAAGAUUACUUAAUGGCGGAGGAAGGAAUGCUGGAGUUCGACUUACUGAAAAGACUAGAGUAUGCGAGUCUGUACAAAAUGGCAACUUUGCAGGUGUUUGAAGAUCCCCCAAGAAUGGAAAUGCUCCCAGUGACGUUCGACGAUGCUUCUUGGACAUUUACUCGGCGCCUCAAAACUGACUCAAUCGAUGUGUAUUAUAAGAAAGAAGCUACGAGACCCGUUGCACAGACGCCAAAUUUGGACAUACCGGCAAGCAUUCCCAAAGUGGACUACCCUCCACGCUCUCCCUCUUUCGAAAAGGCUACUCCUACAACUGAAACAAUUCGGACACAUGGUAAAAAGGAGUCCAGUGAGGAAGAGCAACGGAAUCGUGAGAAGAGAGAAAGUUUGAUAGCCUUACGUGAACGACUCGUUAAGGAGAUGGCGUUGCGAAAGAAUUUAGAAUUGACGCUGAAGUGCACGCGAGAAUUUAUUCGACAAACAACUUCAACUGCCGCUCUCCAGAACAACAGUGAGGAAACACCAUCGCUUCCUGAGGUAGAUGCUCCCAUGGCCGAACCUGAGUCAGUUUCUGCUAUGGUAGGAGCUCCUCCCAUUCCACCACAUGCGUUGCCGAUUGGUUGUGAUUUCCGCAAG